AUGCUCCCCGGGACGGGGUUACAGAUACCAAUCAUAACGCUCAUGACCGUGGCGUUAGCGACGAUGUUCCCGAAGCGCGUCGGCGCGUUAGCCCCCAGCGGCGAAGCCCUCGCGACGCUGGUGAUGCAGUGCUUCUUCGUCACCGUCGGCGCUGCGGGGUCCGUGGCGCAGAUGAUGGCCACGGCGCCGGCGCUCUUCUUCCUCUCGCUCGUGCAAGUCUCCACGCACCUCACGUUCAUUCUGCUCGUCGGCGGGAACGUGUUCAAGAUGCGGAAGUGCGACCUGCUGAUCGCUUCGAACGCGAACGUCGGGGGUCCGACGACGGCGGCGGCGAUGGCGGCGGCGAAGGGGUGGCGGAGCCUCGUCGUUCCGGCGAUGCUGACGGGGGUGUUGGGGUACGCGGUCGCGACGUUUCUGGGCGUCGGGUUCGGCGUGGCGGUCAUACAGAAGAUGCCACUGACGUGA